AUGGCAUUUGCAAGGCUGGCUUCCUCCAAAUCAGCAACAGCUUCCAGCCGAUUAAAGCCAAUCAAAUCAUCAGACCAGCAUCCAAUUGAAUUGGCAAUAAAUAUAGAAUCACCGCCAUGUGUCCUCUAUGGGCCCGCCACGGAUUCUACAGGAGCUUUAUUAAGUGGUGUACUUAACUUAACAAUCAAGGAUCCAUAUUCAAAUAUAGCUGUACCUUCGUACGAUUCCAUUAGAUCAACCAAAAGUCAGAACAAUGUAAACACGUCUCCUACUAAACUAAGAAGAAAGAGUACUCUUGGGUCUACUCUUUCCACUACAUUUUCCCAUCUUUCAUUAUCAACGCCGACAUUAACUCCAUCUUCUUCUACUGCCAAUUCAAACGUAAAUGCAUCCAACGUUCCAACUACUGCAACUUCUGCCAUUUUAUCUACUGCUGCAUCUUCUUCCUCUAUACCGAAUACAAAAACGAUUAUCAAUGGCUACACGAAGAUCUCAGUAACAUCAGUCACUUUAACAUUAAUACAAAAGAUUCACUAUCAUAAACCCUUCGUACCAGAUUCUCAACAGAUUAAUACUUGUAUGAAUUGUCGUACCAAGAUAACAGACAUGAAAAAUUGGAACAUUCAAAAGACAGCUCAAUCCAAAUCUGUCGGAACGCACACAUACCCUUUCUCGUACCUAAUACCAGGUUCUGUUCCCUCCACUGCACUACUAGGUUCUAAUUCUGAAUCGCAAGUCAAAUAUGAAUUGAUCGCUGUGGUAACGUAUAAGGAUCCUCGUAAAAAGAGUAGUAAUACUGACAAUGAAAAGUUACUUCAAUUAAGUAUGCCAAUCGCCGUCACGAGAAGUAUAACUAGAGGACCCGAUAAGAAUUCAUUAAGAGUUUUCCCACCUACUGAAUUGACUGCAGCUGCAGUGUUACCUAAUGUGAUUUACCCUAAAUCAACAUUCCCAUUGGAAAUGAAAUUGGAUGGUGUAUCCUCAGGGACAAGACGUUGGAGAAUGAGGAAAUUAAGUUGGAGAAUCGAGGAAACUACAAGGAUUAGAAGUCAUGCUUGUGAAGUGCAUAAACAUGAAUUGGCUAAAUUAGAAAAGAAUGUUAAAGAAAAGGAAUUAGACAAAAGUAAUAGCGCAAACAAGAAACAUAAUCAUCAAAUUAAAAGGUAUGGUGAUGUGGGGCCUCAAAUCAGAGUUGCAUUGAGUUCUCCUGAAAAUAUCCCUUUACAUCAUCGUAAUUUUAGAAACUUACCCUCCAGUAGACCAUCGGCUGCCGCUGCUGCUGGGAAUUCCACGGAUAUUCAACCUGGAAUCGCUGGAACAACUAGAAACGAUACAAUCGCGACAACACCACAAGGACAAUUGGGUGAUAGAGAUGAUCAAGAUGAAGUUGCAGGUGAUGAAUUCGUCCAUCCAAGUGAUGACGCAUUAAGACAAGAGAUUUUACAACAACAACAACGCCUAAGAGAACAACAAAUCCAACAAGAAAUCCAAAAAAAUAAUAGUACGUUAUUUACUGAAGAAGUUAGAAUCAUUGCCAAAGGUGAUAUGAAAAGUGGGUGGAAGACAGAUUUUGAAAAUAAUGGGAAAAUUGAAUUAGUCACUGAUAUUGAUUGUAUGGGAUUAAACUCUGGUGUCUCUAAUCCAAUUACGCAUGUUUCAACAACAAAACCGUACAUAAACCCUCAUAAACAGCAAACGGUCAAUGUAGCGUGUGACAUACAGGAUCCCAACUCAGGUGUUUAUGUAAACCAUAUCCUUGCAGUGGAAAUCGUUGUUGCUGAAGAAACUUUGCAAUAUUCAAAUGGUCAACCAAUUAAAUUAGAUAAUAAUAAAACGGGAGAUAUUACAAGCACUUUGACCACUAAUGUUAAUGCAGAUCAAAGAUUAGCUGAACUAUCACCAAUGUUUGCCAAUAGAAAUGCACCAAAGACGCGGCCUGUUGAAAGAAAUGAACUAUCACCUGUCAACUCUACAUCAACAAACAAUAAUGAAAAUGGGAAUGCAAAUAAUAGAUCUUCUUCCUCCACAAAUGAUAGAAGUUUAAAGAAAUCUAAAUCAAAUACAAAUGCAAAUUCAGUACCGUCAUCGAAGAUAGUAAGUGUAGCCACUGGGGCAGCAAGAGUCUUAAGAAUGCAAUUUAGAUUACUAGUGACGGAAAGGUCAGGGUUAGGAAUAUCGUGGGAUGAAGAAGUUCCACCAAUAUAUCAAGAUGUUAGAUCGAACGGUCCCCCUACCUAUGAUGAAACUGUAGUAAGAGAAUCACCAACUACACAACAAAGGUCAUUGUAUGAGGGACAAUUGACUGAAAAUGAUGAUACUGAUGCUGAUAAUUUAGGUACUGAUUUAGUUGAAUUUGAUACUACGGAUCUAACAAAGCCACGGAUGGCACAUUAUAACACGAACAGUAGUAAUAGUUCCGACAAUAACGUUUUAAAUACUAUUAAGUCACCACCUUUAGAGAAUGUGAUUAGCUUGCAAGGGAACGUGCCCAUAGUGAGGAGGAAUGGACAAUCCACCGUGUUGACACCAAAUACUACGAGAGAAAAUUUUAGGAUUCCUAAUAACAACAUAUCUAAUGUGCUAGACACCGAUAGAAUCACCCAAUAA